UAUAUAUAUAUAUAUAUAAAGAUCAGUUCGUCUCUGAAAUCUGCAUUCUAACAAGUGGGUGGAAUUGAGUUUGUGAUUCUUUUCAGCUUUUCUUGAAAUGGGAAGAUCCCAUUUUGUGGCUUUGUUUCUUGUUUCAGCUGUGCUAUUCUUUCUCCCAUUUUUCCAUGGAAGAUUGGCCAUGGCUGCAGGGACCCCAGAUGGAUCAGAACAAUGGGGUUAUGUUGAAGUCAGACCUAAAGCUCAUAUGUUUUGGUGGUACUACAAAAGUCCUUAUAGAAGUCAAGAUCCAAAACGUCCAUGGCCUAUAAUUCUUUGGUUGCAAGGGGGACCUGGAGCUUCAGGAGUUGGGACUGGAAAUUUUGAAGAGGUGGGGCCAUUGGACUCUUUCUUGAAGCCAAGAAACUCUACAUGGCUGAGAAAGGCAGACCUAUUGUUUGUGGAUAAUCCAGUUGGGACUGGAUACAGUUUUGUUGAAGAUAAAAAGCUACUGGUGAAAACUGAUGAAGAAGCUGCAACUGAUUUAACCACAUUGUUGAUUGAAAUCUUCAAUAGAAAUGAAACCCUCCAAAAGAGCCCUCUUUAUAUAGUGGCAGAGUCCUAUGGUGGCAAAUUUGCAGUCACUCUUGGACUUUCUGCUCUUAAAGCCAUUGAAGCUAAAAAGCUAAAGCUCAUUCUUGGAGGUAUUGCAUUGGGAGAUAGUUGGAUCUCACCUGAAGAUUUUGUGGUAUCAUGGGGUCCUCUUCUGAAGGAUGUUUCAAGGAUAGACAACAAUGGGUUGAUAGAAUCAAGCAGUCUAGUGGAGAAGAUAAAGCAGCAAAUAGCUGAUGGGAAAUGGAAAGAUGCUACAGAAACAUGGAGUGAUCUUGAAGAAGUGAUUAGCGCAAGCAGCAACUCCGUUGAUUUUUACAAUUUCUUGUUGGAUGCGGGGAUGGAUCCGGUAUCGAUGACAGCGACAACGCUGGUGAGAGGAGCCGCGAGGAAGAGUUACUCACGGUAUCUUGAUUCUUUGAAGACUUCUCCAGGUUCAAAUGGUGAUCUUGAUAACUUGAUGAAUGGUGCCAUUAGAAAGAAACUUGAGAUUAUCCCGAACAAUGUGGAAUGGGGAGGACAGUCGGGUCUCGUUUUUGACUACUUAGAAGGCGAUUUCAUGCGACCGAGAAUCAACGAGGUUGAUGAACUCUUGAGUAAGGGAGUGAAUGUGACUAUAUAUAAUGGUCAACUUGAUGUCAUAUGUGCAACAAAGGGAACAGAAGCAUGGGUGGAAAAACUCAAGUGGGAAGGUCUGAAGACAUUCUUGAGCAUUGAUAGAACUCCAUUAUACUGUGGAGAUGAAAAAAUUACCAAAGGGUUCACCAAGUCUUAUAGAAACUUGCACUUCUAUUGGAUCCUUGAAGCUGGUCACUUUCGUUGCAAUUUUCAGGUACCAGUAGAUCAACCGUGUUUAUCAUUGGCGAUGGUGGGAAGCAUUACUCGUUCAUCGGUGUCUACAAAAUAAAAUACGAUCCAAAGAAAGAAACAUGAAGAAUAACGAAGUAGAAGUCAUACUUUUAGCGAAAAUGGCUAGGAGAGGAAGGGAGGCUUUCGAGAUAUAAAACAUUUGUUUUAAUUUGCAUUUUAAUUGGAAUUUUAAGUCAUUUUACAUACAACAUUUAUUUAUAUGGUCAUAAUUCUCAAUCAUUAGCCUUAUAAACGAAACUGUUAUUUCACC